CUUUGAAACAGAGCUUCCCCUGUUCCUCUCUUCCCUCUGUUAUUCUAAUAAUAAUCGGGUCUGAAUAAUAUCAUCAUCUUGGGUCUGUCUGUCUGUCUGUCUGAAUCCAAGGAAUAGUUGAAUUGUUCUCACUCACUCGAAAGGCAUUGAAAGCUUCCUUCUUUCUGGUUCUUGUAUUCUUUUUUAUCGAAUUUGCUAAGUUGUUGUUGAAGAAAAGCUAAAACCUUCAAACUGAUCAGUUUUCGGUUUUGGCUGAUGGAUUCUUGGAGCUAUGGGGGGGGCAAGUGUUUUCUUGCCUAAUGGAACCUUCCUUCUUCCUUCUGAUUCUUUUCCUGAGAAUCCAAGAUCAAUAGCUGGAUUUCAACAGGGACUCUCUAAUGAAUUUGACAAGGAUGAUGUCUUCAGAGCUGUUUCUUCUUCUUGUGUGGUUCCUUCCAGUUUGUUAUGCGUUGAGGAGAACAAGUCUUCUUCUUCUUCGAACUUGUCUAGGAUAGAUUUCGAACUUAGGAGCUUUAUGGAUUACUCGAACAAUGAUGGUGGUACUUCCUCUAGAGACUUUGCUCUUCCAGCUAAAAAGCCUCGAGCUUCAAGCUCAUGCUCGGAGGAUCCCAUGUGUCAAGUCUACGGAUGUAAUAUGGAUCUCAGCUCUUCAAAAGAUUACCACAAAAGGCAUAGAGUUUGCGAGGCUCAUUCAAAGACUUCUGUGGUUAUUGUUAACGGUAUUGAACAGAGGUUUUGCCAACAGUGCAGCAGGUUUCAUUUCCUUUCAGAGUUUGAUAAUGGGAAAAGAAGUUGCAGAAGACGAUUAGCUGGUCACAAUGAGCGAAGAAGGAAGCCUUCUUUCUGUUUCCUACCUGGUAAGCAGAAGAGGCAUAAGCUUCUUCCUCAAGGUAGACUCGUGAGUUUCAAAGAUGAACCAGCUAUUUCUACUUGUGCUCACUCUCUUCUGUCAGCUCAGUCCCAACAACAACACUUGUCUGAAACUCCAAACACAAGUUUCUCAAUCACUCAAUCAAACCAUACUCUGAAUGGCUCAAGAAUAGACUAUCAUCAGAUGCAACCACCGUUGCAUGGCAAGACCAAAACUAGUUCAUCCUCAACAGUUGAUCUCCUGCAAUUGUCAUCUCAUCUUAAAAGAAUUGAGCAACAACAGAGGAAUUUCACUAAUGAUGUGAAGCAGGAAUAUAAUAAUGAACUUUAUUUCCUCUCUAGCUAAACCUUUUAAACCAGCUUUGUGUUUCUUGAAACUGUGUUCUACACAAGGAUAUAGGCAAACCCAAAGACUGCAUUAGUUUUACGAGAUGGGUUAGAUUAGUAGAAUAAAGAUUAAGUCUGGUUACAAGUGUUUUUGUAACUGAUGUUGUGUAUUAUAAUUAUUCACCAGUCUGAAAUAAAAUUGUUUCAGAUAUCUAUGUCUGCUUCUUUCACAGUGUUUCAGUCUAUUUUUUUUUCUCAGACAAUUUGUAUAUUAACGAUGUGAUGAAUAUUCGC